AUGUCGGGUGAGCGGCGCUCAAGCAGCAACGGCGGUGCAAGUGCGCGGACGUCGCGGCACCUGUUUCCCUUCCGGUCGGACCGCGCACCGGCGUCGACCGGCAUCGACGCGGCUGCCGCCUCGCCCGCGCCCUAUCUGACGCUGGAUAUCGACGCCAAUCACAACCAGCGCGUCGUCUUCCAGGAAAUUCGAACGCACAAACGCGUCACCCGAAGCGAACUGGCGAACAUCACCGGCCUGACUAUCCCCACGAUCGUCAACGUAUCGCGCCAUCUCCUCCAGGCCGGACUGAUCGUCGAGGCCAAGCGACCGGCACGCGGUCGCGGCCAACCCGCGUGGGAACUGGAACUCAACCCGGACGGUGCCUUUUCGGCGGGCCUGAACAUCGACCGUGACCACCUCACGCUGGUCGUGCUCGAUCUGAGCGGCCAGAUCCGGGGCCGUGUCUCGGCCGAGAUCGGCUUCGCUUCGCCCGACGACGCGCGGCGAUUCUUCGCACGGAGCUGGCGCGAACUGGUGACCAAGGCACACAUUUCGCCCGAUCGCGUGGUGGGUCUUGGGAUCGCGUUGCCCGACGAGCUCGGUACGCUGGCUUUUCCCGGCAAGCCGCUCACCUAUGACGCCUGGGCGCGCACCGAUGCCGCCGACCUGUUCCGCGACACCUUCGCCGGUCCGACCUUUGUUGAAAAUGACGCGGUAGCGGCGGCGAUCGGCGAAGCGCAGUUCGGUCACGGGCUUGAAGCGCCGAGCUUCGUCUACGUUCUCAUCAGCGUGCUGCUCGGCGGCGGCAUCGUGAUCGACCGCACCUAUUU